UACUUGCCCGGACACCGGGCAAACUCAGCUGUCAUCUGUUUCGAUACUAAAGAUGGCAGGAAACAAGUCUUACACUAUAGUAGAAUAUUUCGGCGGCGAUGAUGGUUACCGCUGUGGUUACUGUAAAAAUGAAAAGGGAAAUUUUUCUCAUGGGAUGUGGUCUCACACCAUGACAGUACAAGACUACCAAGACCUCAUAGAUCGAGGAUGGAGGAGAAGUGGGAAAUAUGUCUAUAAGCCCAUAAUGAACAAGACAUGCUGUCCACAGUACACCAUCAGGUGUCAUGCAGUGAAAUUUCAGCCUUCCAAAUCCCACAAGAAAAUCCUGAAGAAGAUGAGCAAAUUCAUUUCCAAAGGGGAAUUACCAACAGGACAGGAUGAUGGGGAGCCAAUGGACUCUGUGUGUGAAGAAGCAGGUCCACGGGAACCGAGUAAAGUCUCUCACGCAGAAGUGAAGUGUCCUGUAGUGACAGACAUUCAAAAGGAAGUAGCAGAGUGUCCCGCUAUCACAGGAGUUCAGAAGGAGGUAGCUGACGCUGUGCCCACAGGCUCAGAAAUGCCAAGAAACGAUCCUGUAUCUGUUCCGGAUGGAAGAACGACAGCCACACCUCCAAAACCAGGGAUGGGAGCUGAUCCUAGCCGGCCGCCAUGUCGGAAGGCCAAAGACUUAAGGAAGGAGCGACGUAUCCAGAAAGAGCAGAUGAGACAACACGCUGACGGGGUCUCCUCUAUUGUCUCACCUACCCCAAGCACCCCCACCCAGACCAACCAACCCAAAAAUCUGGAAGAUUUCAUCAAUGAGUCAUUGCCUGACAACUCUUCUCAUUGCCUUGAGGUGAGGCUAGUGCGCUCCAAUCCCCCUAGCCCGCAGUUCAAAGCCUCUUUCGACGCCUCCUACCAGGUGUACAAACUCUACCAGAUGGCCAUUCACAAGGACCCUCCUGACAAACCCUCCGAGAGCCAGGUGAGGCUAGUGCCGGUCAGCUUUGAGGACCCUCAAUUCACAGCAUCCUAUGAGCAGUCGGUGGCACUGUACACCCGCUACCAGAUGGCCAUUCAUGGUGAUGACCCCAGCGAAUGUAGUGAGAGUGAGUUCCGGAGAUUUCUCUGUGAUUCACCACUAGAGGCCGAAUAUUCUCCCGAUGGGCCCGAGGUGGGCUACGGCUCCUUCCAUCAGCAGUACUGGCUGGACGGACGCAUCGUGGCUGUGGGGGUGAUCGACAUCCUGCCUACCUGUGUGUCUUCUGUCUACCUGUACUACCACCCAGAAUUUGCCUCAAUGUCUCUGGGCUCCUACUCUGCUCUCAGGGAGAUCGCUUUCACCAGGCAUCUGCAGAAACAGUCCCCCAAGCUGUCCUACUACUACCUGGGCUUUUACAUUCACUCCUGCCCCAAGAUGCGGUACAAGGGGCAGUACCGGCCUUCAGACCUCCUGUGCCCGGAGACCUAUGUCUGGGUACCAAUAGAGCGAUGCCUUCCGCAGCUGGAGAACUCCCGCUACGCUCGUUUCAACCAGGAUCCUGAUGCAGGAGAUGCUCGGGCGCUGAAGGAUGUUGGAAGAGCGCUGGUGCUAUACAGACGGGCCGUCAUGCCCUACGCUGCCUACUCACGCAAACGCAAGAGCUCCAGCGACGAGACGGAGGUGCAGCAGUACGCCGGCUUGGUCGGCCAGGACUGUGCUGAGAGGAUCCUGCUGUACCGCGCCUAAACAUACAGCAACACACCACUGCACCUUUUUGAUUUACGUGAAUACACACCUCCCAGCAUUGUCUGUCUGUUUCUGUCCCUGUAUUUUGUCUCAUCGCUGUCUGUGAAAGUGCUUUCCGUUGCUCUAGUCUCACCUUGCUUCACUCUACACAGGAUGGAACAAUGCAGUGGUCAUCUACUGUAUGUAUACACCCAUUCACCCACAGCCCUCAUGCAUCAGUGAGCUGUCAUUUACAUUUACUUUAUUUUUUCACUCAGCAGCAUCUAUUCUCAGUUUAGCUCUUGUGCAUCCUUUUGCUUGAUUUGACUCCAUACAGGGACCAGAACCCUUGUGUGUUAUUUUAAUAUCACCUGUUCAUCACUUUGAUUUUAUUUGCACCAUCCUCAAUCCUGUAUACUUAACUAAUGAUGUUGAAAAGGAGCAUUUAGCCACACAUAGGUGACAGCUCUCAUCUGAACAGACACGGGUUUGGAUUAUUGUCAGCGUUGCCACUUGAAGAGCAUGUUCUCCUUUGAAUGUCCAGUGAUUUCCUAAAAGGUUUUCGGUUGCUUACAUUGCAUACCAGAACUUCAAACUGACUCAUGCUACAGCACGACAUUGUAAAGAUUUUUAUUUAAAGCAAGGAACUAAUUGUUUUCAAUGUUUUUGUCUGUUAUAUUUAUAGCUUUAUUUGCUUUUCUUUUAAUAUUGACACUGUUAAUUUUGGUUAAACCAAUAAAGGGGUUGUAUAUUC